AUUAUUAUCAUCGUACCACCCGAAUUCUCAGAAUAUUACGAUUGCGCCACCAACUGAAAACGUCAUAGUAAUUUCUUUCCUCUCUCCGACAAGUGUGAACGCCAUAAGAGCUGGACAGUGAGAGGAGGUGAUGACUGAUGAGGAUCAGUGAUACUGAGAUGGUGAUUGCUAGGGUUUCUAGGGUUUUUUGAUUUCGGAUUUCAGUGGUUUACUUUUUUUUUUUUUCGAUGGAAAUGCCGGGUAGGCGAUCGAAUUAUACUUUGUUGAAUCAGAUUCCGGACGAUAACUUCCACCAGCCGCCGCCUCAUCUUUUGCCCAAGAUUGCGGGGGCUGCAGCUGGGGCGCCGUAUCACGAGUCUCUGUCUGGGGAGAAGAGUAAGGGGAAAGGAUCCGAUUCUGACUUGAUUGAUAAUCGGAUGAAUCAAGCUCAGAGUCGGAUCGGGGCUUCCGGGUACCCGGUUUCCAUCGCUCUGCAGAGGCAGUCUAGCGGGAGUAGUUUCGGGGAGAGCUCCAUCUCCGGGGAAUACUGCAUACCGUCGCUAUCGAAUCCCGAUGCAUCUUAUGGGCAAUUGAAUGACGGUAUUGGUGGGCUAAAAGCGGCGGAAGUCUCCUCCGUAGGCGGUGGUGGCUCAUCUUCGUCCAAGAGUUGGGCGCAGCAAACUGAAGAGAGUUAUCAGAUGCAGCUCGCGCUGGCGUUACGGCUUUCCUCAGAAGCUACCUGUGCAGAGGAUCCCAACUUUUUGGAUCCCGUGCCAGAUGAGCCGGCAUCAAGGUCUUCAGCUUUAACUGUCUCAGCAGAGGCCAUGUCGCAUAGAUUCUGGGUAAAUGGAUGCUUAUCAUACUUUGACAAAAUUCCUGAUGGCUUUUACUUGAUUCAUGGGAUGGAUCCAUAUGUGUGGAUUGUUUGCUCUGAUCUGCAAGAAAGUGGGCGUAUUCCAUCACUUGAAUCAUUAAAGGCUGCUGAUCCAUCCAUACUACCUUCAGUUGAAGUGACUUUGAUUGAUCGACGUACUGAUCCCAGCUUAAAGGAAUUACAAAAUCGCAUUCAUAAUCUGUCCCCUAGUUGCAUCACAACAAAAGAGGUUGUUGACCAGCUUGCAAAGCUUGUUUGCAAUCACAUGGGGGGCGCAGCUUCUGCUGGAGAAACUGACUUGGUUCCUAUCUGGAAGGAGUGCAGAGAUGACCUAAAGGAUUGUUUAGGAUCCAUAGUGAUUCCCAUUGGUAACUUGUCUGUUGGCCUUUGCAGGCACCGCUCUUUGCUGUUCAAAGUACUUGCUGACACUAUUGAUUUGCCUUGUCGAAUUGCCAAGGGUUGUAGGUAUUGUAAUCGGGAUGAUGCUUCCUCCUGUCUUGUUCGAUUUGGCCUUGACAGGGAAUACCUUGUUGAUUUGGUUGGAAUGCCAGGAUGUUUAUGCGAACCCGAUUCAAUGCUAAAUGGUCCAUCUUCCAUUUCGAUUUCUUCUCCAUUACGCUUCCCCAGAUUCAAACAAGUUGAACCUUGGAUUGAUUUCAAGUUAUUGGCCAAGCAGUAUUUCUCAGAUUGCCAAUCACUUAAUCUUGUGUUCAAUGAUUCUUCUACAGGGACUACUGUUAGUGGAGAUGCUGGUGUUCCAGUUUUUCCUAAACAGGCAGAUAGUGGUGGCAUGGAUAGGAACUGCUUUAUUCCUAGUUCGAGCAAUCAAGAGGAAAUUUCUAGGUUUCCUCUACCACCAACUAAUGCCCAGAGAAUGGGGGGUGGUGUAGAAUCACAACGAGCCGGAAUGUAUGGUCCUAAUAUCAUAAACUCAAUGAACGUGGGCAGAGAUGUUCAACUGCCUAUAAUUCGACCUGACCCAAGGUUAGAUUCAACUAAAGACACAAGGUUUACAGAUGGAGGUCAACUAGCUCUGCGUAAACCAAAGGAGCUUGUAAUUGAUGUAGAAGACCUGGAUAUUCCUUGGACUGACCUUGUUCUGAAAGAGAGAAUUGGUGCAGGUUCUUUUGGUACAGUUCAUCGUGCUGAUUGGCAUGGAUCUGAUGUUGCUGUGAAGAUUCUCAUGGAACAAGAUUUUCAUCCUGAGCGAUACCAUGAAUUUUUGCGGGAGGUUGCAAUCAUGAAACGCUUGCGCCAUCCAAAUAUUGUUCUUUUCAUGGGUGCUGUUACACAGCCUCCAAAUUUGUCAAUAGUUACAGAAUAUUUAUCAAGAGGUAGUUUAUAUAGACUUCUACACAAACAUGGUGCAAGGGAGGCAUUGGAUGAGAAGCGGCGGCUUUGUAUGGCUUAUGAUGUGGCGAAGGGGAUGAAUUAUCUUCAUAAACGAAAUCCACCGAUUGUUCAUCGAGAUUUAAAAUCUCCAAAUCUUUUAGUUGACAAGAAGUAUACAGUGAAGGUGUGUGAUUUUGGCCUUUCCCGCUUAAAAGCAAACACAUUUCUUUCAUCAAAGUCGGCUGCUGGAACUCCAGAGUGGAUGGCACCUGAAGUUCUCCGCGAUGAACCAUCUAAUGAAAAAUCAGAUGUGUAUAGUUUUGGAGUAAUUUUAUGGGAGCUGGCUACAUUGCAACAGCCCUGGGGUAAUUUGAAUCCUGCACAGGUUGUGGCAGCUGUUGGCUUUAAGGGCAAAAGGCUUGAAAUUCCACAUGAUUUGAAUCCCCAAGUUGCGGCAAUUAUUGAGGCUUGCUGGGCGAAUGAGCCAUGGAAACGCCCUUCCUUUUCAACUAUUAUGGAUUUGUUGAGACCGUUGAUUAAACUUCCUGUAACACCCCAGCCAGGUCGUACUGACAUGCAAUUGCUCACAUGAAUGCAUGAAAGUACAUACGAAGUUGGAUAUCUGCACAUAGUGUUUGGCAUUCUUUGUUUUUCAGCUUCUUUUGGAGGGAUGCUGCUUCAAUUAUGUGAGGCUGAAUUUUGUAAAUACUAGUUCAGGUAGCCCGUUGAGAAACAAUCAGCAGCAGCGUGCAUGUAUAAUUUCUUCCAUUAAGACACCGAUUUGCCGAAUGUUGUACUACUCCAGCAAUCAUUUAUAAUUAUUUUUUUCUCUCUUUCAAAAUUUAACUACUGAUUUUGUAUCAAUAAACACUGCAAUUUUAAAUUGGGUUGGGAAAUUCACACCAUUCAAGCGCCGGAAUGGUGAAAGAUUUCAUGCAACUUCUUUCUGAGAGAUCGUUAAUGUUAACUAUUUUUUUGGUCC